AUGUUUGUCAUUUUUUCGGAGGAUGGACCGCAGUCUAUGUAUGUUUGCCAUUUUUCUAGAGGAUGGACCACAACCUAUGUAUCUCUUGACAACGUUGGCGUCUGGAAUCUUAGAGCAGAUAAUCUCGAUUGCUGGUUUCUUGGCCAGGAAAAAUACAUGAGAAUUGUCAAUCUUGAAGAUACAAGCAACAAAACGAAGUUGUUUGUGCCCGAUAAUGCUCUCUAUUGUGGUGUCCUUAGCGGCAAGCAAAAGUACCGCACCAUAACUUCCCUCACUCACCUGGCCCAUUCCGUCAAUCUCUUCUACACUAAUGACUAUUGCCCCUUCUUAUUUCCAGGCAGCAGAAAACUUCCUCAGCAUCCAUUAUACAUGGAUAUAUCUAAUUUCUAG